AUGUCAGAAGGUUUAUUUGCUGGUGCUGGUGCCACAUUAGGUGGUGAACAAAAGAAAAUUGCUGGUAAUGGCAAAUCUAAAGUUUCCAAGAUUGAAGAAUUCAAAAAGACACCUCUAUAUACAGUUUUGCUUAACGGUGGCCUAUUUAUUGCAGGUGUUGUAUUGAUUCAAUCGCCUAUAAUGGAUAUGUUGGCUCCACAAUUAUAA